UGAGCAGAGCACACGACUGUGAGAGCUAGCUAGCUGCCUUCACCCACCGACGAUGGCCUCCGACCGCCUCAGCGCCCUCAGGGCCUUCGACGACACCAAGGCCGGCGUCAAGGGCCUCGUCGACGCCGGCGCCACCGCCAUCCCGGCCAUCUUCCACCACCCUCCCGACGCCUUCGCCCCGUCCACUCUCGCCACCGACGUCGCCGUCCCGGUCGUCGACCUCUCCUGCGAGCGCUCGGACGUGGUCGGCGCGGUGAGGGCCGCGGCGGAGACGGUGGGCUUCUUCCUGCUGGCGAACCACGGCGUGCCGGAGGCGGCCAUGUCGGGGAUGCUGGCGGCGGUGCGGCGCUUCAACGAGGAGCCGGCGGAGGCCAAGGCGCCGUACUACACGCGGGACGCGGCGAGGCGCGUGCGCUACAGCUGCAACGCCGACCUCUUCCAGACGCUGGUGGGCAAGUGGCGCGACACCGUCUACAUGGACGACGCGGACCGGCCGGCGGCGGGCGAGGAGACGGAGGAGCUCCUCCCGCCGGCGUUGAGGGGCGUCGCGCCGGAGUACACGGGGCAGAUGCGGCGGCUGGGGCGCGGCCUCUUCGAGCUGCUGUCGGAGGCCCUGGGGCUGCCUCGUCCUGCCUACCUGGAGGAGGAGGCCGGCUGCAUGGCGGCGCUCAGCGUGGCCGGCCACUACUACCCGGCGUGCCCGGAGCCGCACCUCACGAUGGGCACCGUCCCGCACUCCGACCCCAGCUUCCUCACCGUGCUGCUCCAGGACGGCGUGGGCGGCCUCCAGGUGCUCGUGGACGACCUCCUCGAGGACGACGGCGGCAAGCGUGCGGCGUGGGUGGACGUGCCGGCGAUGGGGGAGGCGUCGCUGGUGGUGAACGUGGGCGACUUCCUGCAGCUGGUGUCCAACGACAGGUUCAAGAGCCCGGUGCACCGCGUGGCGUCCAAGACCGUGGGGCCCCGGGUGUCGGUGGCGUGCUUCUUCAGGGCGAGCGGCGCGACGGUGUGCGCGCCGGUGGUCGUCGACGGGAGCGGCCCGCCGCGGUACCGGAGCAUCAAGGCGGAGGAGAUGCUCUGCGUGUCCAAGACACAGACACGGCUCAACAACUUGAGGCUCUAGCAUCCGUCCGUUCAGAAGAAAAGGCUACUGUAGCUAACUAGCUAGCGCUCUCAAUAAUCUACCGAUCAAGGCAAUUUUAUUUACAGUUUAUGUGUGAUCCAUCGGAUCUCGGAUCAUUAUAACUUAUUUCUGCAAAAUCAUUUCACUCAGGAAUCA